AUGGCAGAGGAUCAGAAGAGAAUCACCAUCGAAGUAUGCAUUGAUUCGUUGGACUCUGCGGAUAGCGCCAUCCGAGGCGGGGCAGAUCGACUUGAGGUGUGCGGCAACCUGGCUGUGGGAGGAGGCACAACUCCUUCACUGGGCCUCGUCAAUGCUUUACACAAACGCUAUCCGUCAAUCCCUCUUAUGGCGAUGGUACGGCCUCGAGUGGGAGACUUCUUGUACUCUAGCGGUGAAUUAGAGACCAUGCGAGAAGACAUCAGGGCGUUCAAGCAGGCCGGAGUCGCAGGUGUGGUGAUCGGUUUGCUCACAAGCUCAGGAUCCGUGGACGUGCAGUUGACAGCCGAGCUGGUCGAGGAGGCUCGCCCAUUACAAGUCUGCUUUCAUCGCGCCUUUGACACGAUAAAAGGACCCGCUUGGAAAGCCUACGAGACCCUGUGCGAUAUCGGCGUAGACCGCAUUCUGACCAGUGGAGGAGGCACUUCCGUGACCGCCAAUUUCGACGUUCUUGUCGAGCUUCUCAAGGCGUCGACCAAGGCCGGCAGUAGAAAGACUGGGCCUACGAUUCUUCCAGGCGCAGGCAUUAACGCGAAGACCAUUGCUUCUGUGCUCGCAAGACUACUACCCCAUGGGCUAACAGAGCUUCAUCUCAGUGGUGGGCGUUGGAAAGAGGGAGGUAUGUCCCAUCGGCACGACGGCUUGGGUAUGGGUGCCGGAGGCGGUCAUGAUUGGGAUGUUUGGCAUACGGAGGAAGCGGUCAUCCGUGCAGUGCGGGAGGCCGUUGACGCAGCUCAUUCACAGUGA